CACACGGCGCGCUCAGGCUGGCCGGCUGCUGCACAGGGACCAUGGAGCAAAAAUCCCCCAAAGCUGAGGGCUCCGCCAGGAGACACGAGUCUUACCAGCGCCGGAUGUGGAAGAAUUUCCAGGAGAAGACCAAACCGUGGCUCAGUCCCAAACUGGGGUCGGAGCGCCGCGGCGCCGCCGGGGGCGCGGAGGGCACCAAGAAGGAGUCCGGGCUGUGGAUGUUCAAGAGGAAAAAGAAACAACUGGACCGGGUGUUUUCAUCGUCGCAGCCGAACUUAAGCUUCGAGGGGGACAAGUGCGCGGGAGGAGGCGAGGCGGCCGCCGGAGGGAUGAGCUCCGACAUUGGGGCAUCGGGGGCCACGGGCAGCAAACCCGAGCUGGCGGCCCACGGAAGCCCCAAACUCCUCGCGUCCCAGCUGGUGAUCCACCAGCAGAAGAGCUCCUCUCUCGGCUCGGCGUGCUUCGAGAGGCUGGUGGUGGACCCCACCGCCGUGAUGCUGAUGGGAGAGGAGGAGCGGCUGCGUAAAGACGAGAGCGAUUCUGGCAUCAGCAUCGUGGGACCUAGUAAUGCUGAGUCCCAGCCUCAGCCUCCAUGUCCAGCCAUGUACCAGCUGGACGUUGUUCUUAAGAAAGGGAAAAACCUCGCCAUUCGAGAUCGAACAGGGACCAGUGACCCAUAUGUGAAGUUUAAAAUCGCAGGGAAAGAGGUGUUCAGAAGCAAAACCAUCCAUAAAAACCUGAAUCCAGUGUGGGAUGAGAGAGUGAGCCUCCUGGUGGAAACUCUAAAAGACCCACUUUAUGUCAAGGUGUUUGACUAUGACUUUGGACUGCAGGAUGACUUCAUGGGCUCAGCCUAUCUCCAUCUGGAGUCUCUGGAACAUCAGAGGACACUGGAUGUGACGCUGGACCUGAAGGACCCACAGUAUCCUGAACAGAACCUGGGCAGCCUGGAAUUUGCUGUUACUCUGACACCGAAAGAGGGAGACGUAAAAGACGCUACCAUGCUUUUGGGCAGAAACUGGAAACGAUCCAGUAAGUAUCAGAGCAUGCGUCUCUCAGAUGUGCACAGAAAAGCGCAGCUGUGGCGAGGAAUCGUCAGCAUCAGUCUAAUCGAAGGUCGCGGCCUGCAGCCCAUGGAUGCCAAUGGCCUCAGCGACCCAUAUGUCAAAUUUAGGAUGGGUCACCAGAAGUACAAGAGCAAGACAAUUCCUAAAACACUGACCCCCCAGUGGAGAGAACAGUUUGAUUUCCACUUGUAUGAUGAGCAAGGAGGCUUUGUGGAUAUCACAGUCUGGGACAGAGAUGCUGGCAAGAAGGAUGACUUCAUGGGAAGGUGUACCAUCGACUUGUCGCUUCUUAGUAAAGAACACACACACAAGUUGGACAUGCCGCUGGAGGAAGGGGAGGGAGUUCUGGUGCUUCUGGUCACCCUCACUGCCUCCGCCGCCGUUUCUAUCUCAGACCUGUCAGUCAACAUGCUGGAUGAUCCGCAAGAGAGACACCAGAUCACGCAGAGAUAUCUUCCCACUCCACUCCCCAUUUCUGUCCCACUCUCCCUGCAACCUCGGCCUCUUUGUCUGUCUCUGCUGUGGCCUUCCUUUUUAGAUGAAGGGAUGGAAAGAGCGAGCGAGAAGGGGGAAGAAAGUAGGGGGUUUGCAGAUGGAGGGGCACGGCGAGUCUAUGGGCAAAAAUACAUCAAUCAGCAACAACGUGUUUCCUUCCAGCUGCUUUUACGCAACUUCAACCGAGUUAGACGCUGCAUCAUGUUCCUGAUCAACGUGGGUUGCUACAUUAACAGCUGCUUCGAAUGGGACUCUCCACAGAGGAGCAUCUGUGCUUUUGUGAUCUUCGUCAUCGUUGUUUGGAACUUUGAGAUUUAUAUGAUUCCUCUGGCUUUGCUGCUGCCGCUGGCCUGGAACUACGUCCUUAUUGCGUCGGGGAAGGACACGAGACAAGACGAUCAAGCAGUGGAGGACCUGCUGGAAGAUGAGGAUGAGGAUUUUGACAAAGAUGACAAGGAUCCUAAACCAGAGCCCUGGGAGGACAGCCGUGAUAAUAACCAUAUCCUCGAGGAUAUGUUGGCUUCCUGGCACUUUGAGUGGAUACGAGCGAUGGUGGACUCAGAGAAAAAGGGCUUCAUGACCAAGCUUUAUGCCAUUCAGGACGUGUGUAUCAGCGUGCAGAAUGCACUGGAUGAAGUGGCCUCCUAUGGCGAGAGGAUAAAGAACACCUUUAACUGGACUGUGCCUUUCUUAAGCUGGCUUGCGAUCGUGGCUCUCGGCGUGGCCACCGUCAUCAUUUAUUUCAUACCUCUACGGCUCAUUGUGCUGCUCUGGGGGAUAAAUAAAUUCACCAAGAAGCUGCGAGACCCUUACACCAUUGAUAACAAUGAGCUGCUGGACUUUCUGUCAAGAGUACCCUCAGACGUACAAGUGGUGCAGUACAGAGAGCUGAAACUGGAUCCCAAUCCCAGUCCAAAUAAAAGGAAGAAAAACAACCCCGGGUAG